AUGGAAGACAAUUCCCAUUUCAAGGGUCUGAAGAGGCGGUUGGCCUUUGACGACGAAGAUUCCGACGUCGCACUCCAGCGUUUCAAAGUUCUGUUACCCAACGGGACUAGCGUUGGUUUGACGUUGAAAGACGACCUAGAGAAUGAAAUAUCAUUUCAGGGUUUCAUUGACUUGAUCAGGGACGCUUACGAUGUGGAGAAACGACAAUCUGGGUCGUUUAAAAGGAAAAAGAUGAUAAACUGGAGGAGUGAAAGGCUGUAUCUUGAGGAUAUAAACGGCUUGAAAAUAAGUAGACGGAUCGAUUUGCGGCGUUUUAAACACCAUAAGUGUCACAUUUUAAAACUUCAUGAUGGUUCUGAAGAUGUGACCAAUACUUUUGAGAAUGUGUGGGAUUUGACUCCAGAUACAGAUUUGUUAAUGGAGCUACCGGAAGAAUACACUUUUGAAACUGCUCUUGCAGAUUUGAUUGACAAUUCCUUGCAAGCAGUUUGGUUGAAUCGUGAAAACCAUAGGAGACUGAUAAGUGUGGAUGUUCUUGAGAAUAGAAUCUCAAUAUUUGACACUGGGCCUGGAAUGAACAACAGUGAUGAAAACUCUAUUCCCUUUUUUGGCAUGUUUGGAUAUGGAGGACCUGUUGCAUCUAUGCAUCUAGGGAGCUGUGUUAUAGUUUCGUCCAAGACAAAAGAAUCCAAGAAGGUUUAUAAGUUAAGUCCUGCACGAGAUGUUUUACUCAGCAAAUCUGGUUCUGGACGUAGUUGGAGGGUAUGA